UAAACUGAAAAAAAAAAAAAAAAAAGAUUUAGAAGAUAAAUAUUUGUAUGAAAAAAAUAGGAUGGCAAAUUUGGUUUUCUUAAUUGAAGAGGCGCAUUCAGGCUUUGGCACCUAGGUCGUUUGUUAAAAGUUAAAACGCCUAUAGACAGUACGACGCCCACGAACAUGCCCCAAGGAAAGAUUUGGGACCGAAUUAGAAGAAUAGAAGCGAUGGAUUGCACUUAAGCAGUUUGUUGAAAUGCCCAAAAAAACAACCCCAUAUAGGUGAAACAGAAUCCCCUUUGCAUAUGCUGGAGGGAAUAGACUAGGAGAGAUAUUCUAGAGCAGCACCUAGCAGCAAACAAUUUUUACUGGGCAAAGGAUCAGCCCAUUGUUGAUAUCCCGUCUGGGAGACAACACAGACACCAUUUGGGGAAUUCUGCAACCAUGCUCAUCAAGCGUCUAGUUUCGAGCUUUGUUCCCUCUUCGGGAUUUUCUUCAUCAGGAGGACCACGAAUAUUAAAGACUGGAGACAUUUUGAGGCAAACAAGGACAUUUUCAGAGCUUGAUGUUCUUGAAUACGCGAAAGUGAGUUAUGAUUCAAAUCCUCUGCAUUUUGAUUCCAAGUGUGCCCAAAAUGCUGGAUUUGAAGCCCAACUUGUUCAUGGAAUGCUUGUUGCUGCCUUAUUUCCGCGGAUCAUUUCUUCUCAUUUUCCUGGAGCUAUAUAUGUUUCUCAAAGCUUGAACUUCAAAUUGCCGGUUUAUAUUGGAGAUGAGAUUGUUAGCGAGGUUCAAGCAACCAAUAUAAAAGAAAGCAAGAAGAGAUAUGUGACAAAGUUCGCGACCAAGUGCUUCAAAAAUGGUGGGGUUCUUGUUAUUGAUGGCGAGGCUAUGGCAGUCUUACCAACACUAGCUGUGGAAGAGGCUUCAAUGUAGUGACUGAUGAAGCUGUUUAAGAAGAUGAACUCCACCUACUUGAGAUGUAAUUAAUUGCCUAAAACAUGCUCAAUCUUGAAGAUUAUUUGAUCUUAUGUUACAGAAUCUCUGUGAAUUUAUCAGUACCUUUACAGUGGUUUAUAUUAAGUGGAGUUGAUGAACUUA